UAUCCUCUCCCUGUUAUGUCACAGAUGGUCUGUCAACUUGGAGUUGGGUCUGAGCUUUCUAGAUGUAUAGAUUGUUUUCAGUAAACAGGAAGUUUUCAGCCAUUCUUUCUUCAAAUACCUUUUCUACUUUCUUCUUUCCUUUCUCUUGCUCGCUCACUCUCUUUCCUUCUGUCUUCCUCCCUUGCUUCCUUCUUUUCUUUCUUUCCAAUGCAUCUGGCAUUCAAGACCUGUCAGAGUAAUUUAAUGAAACUAUCUCAAAAAAGCUGGGAAUGUGGCGCAGCUGGUAGGAUGCUUGCCUGGUGUGCAUGUGCUCUUGCGUUCACUUCCCUGCCCCACAAAAGCCAGAUACGGCAGCGCACAUCUGUAAUCCUACCACUUGCGGUGUACAGGCCAGCUCAGCAGUGCAAGGUCAUCAUUAGCUUUGUGGGAAGUUUGAGGCCAGCCUGGGACACAUCUGACCCUGUACUAAAAUUUAAAAAAAAAAAAAAAAAAAAAAAGGUAAGCUGGGCCAUAGCAGAGACGCUGGUGGAGACUCUGCACAGCACAGGGCAGGCCCUGGAGGCACCCCGAACAAACAUACUCCAUAUAAGCCAUGUGCUCUGGUGAUUGGCACUGGCGAGGAGGAGAGGUGUGAGUGCAGGGGCUGGUGACGGUGCUCCAUGCUGCGUGGUCAGGGGCUUUGACACCAUAUAAACACGUGAAAGCCUUCUAAGAAAGGGUAUGCACACGUAUGGCACAUGGGUUGCUUCAUAUCUACUCCCUGGUUUUUAGACACAUACAAGACGAGGACUGAUGGUCCUGAGCCUCCAUAGUGGACAGCCAACCUUGCAUCCAGUUUUUUCUUUAAAGUGUGUGUGUGUGCACAGGUGCCACAGUGUGCGUGCAGGCCAGAGGACAAUUCAUAGAAGUUAUUUUCUUCCACUAUUUGGGUCCUAGAAAUUGAACACAGGUCCUUAGUCCUUGCGGCAAGCCCCCUUUCCCGUUGAGCCAUCUCACUGACCCUUGACCCUGUGUCUAAACCUAGACAUGUGGGUUGAACCAGCUUGGGCACAGCCAUCUUUGCCUACAGGUGGAGUGCGAUCCUCACCUCGCCUUCGGGCCCAGAGUUACACCUCAGCCAACCUGCCUUCUGCCGAGGACAUCACCACAUCCACGUCUGCCAAGACAGCAUGUCUGGCUUCCUCAUCACACAAGGCUACAGACAAGCGCACUUCCAAAAAGUUCAAGUAUGACAAAGGUCACCUUGUGAAGGCAGAAUCACCAAAAGUUGACUCUAAAAGUGACAUUUCUUCUUUGCCAAAAGUGGCCCCUUGUGAAAAUAAGUUGGCAGAGGAUGGUGCUAAGGCUGCUGUCCCUGCACCAGAGGUCGACACACCACCCCAGGGCUGCUCCGAGCCUGUGAGUGAGGAACCCUCGGCGAAGGCUGAAGAUGGCCUGCCCACAGCAGAACCCAGCAAUGCUGCUGCAGCCCAGGAGCCCCCUGACGGCUCUGCCAGACAGGCCGAGCCCGUGCCCAGGACAGAGGAGGGGCAGGCACCUGUGCUUCAGAUGGACAGCAGCAUCUUUCUAGACGAUGACAGCAACCAGCCCAUGCCUGUGAGCCGCUUCUUCGGGAACGUCGAGCUCAUGCAGGAUCUGCCACCAGCCUCUUCAUCCUGUCCUUCCAUGAGCAGACGAGAAUUCAGAAAAAUGCAUUUCAGAGCCAAAGACGAUGAGGAUGACGCAGAGCCUUAGCGCGGUCUUUGCCUGCUGAGCGGUUAACCAUCGGACGAUGCAGCAGAUUUCUAUGCCACCUUCAAGAGAACACAUUCUUCGCUGAACACAAAACUGACAUGAAUGUCACCAGCACAAGCAGCUGGCUAUGACCGCAGGCCUGUGUGCUGAUGCCUUUUCCUGCUUUCAUAGACAUACCAUGCUGGCACAGGUCAGCAGGGGGCUGGGCAGCGGGAAACAGGGAAAAUUCCUGAGAGCUUUGGUUUUGGUAACAGAAGCUUACUUUCCAUGCCAAACUCAUCACUGGAGAUGAAUUCCAAUUCUUCUGGAAGGACUCCUGUUUGAGUGAAGCUAGUCAUUUAUCUUGUAGUUUUUUGCAAAGUACAUAUGAGAAGGAAAUAAAAUAUAUUUUGAAAGUA